CUCCCGACGCGUUUCGUCUGCCUGGCGAGACUGAGCUGGUUGCGACUUGCCCCUCUUUGCGAACCAUGGAUGCUUUCGUGAAAAGGCUUUCUCCUUCAACUCUUGCAGGGGGAGCAAGAGCGUCCAAGCGACCCAAAACUGAUGUCCCUAAUCAUGCCGUCGGUAACGAUGAGGAGACACCAAGAGAGUCUGGCGAUGACCGCGCCCGGCCCUCGUCCCGCCCCAAAGCAUAUACGGACGUGGAAGCGGAUACAGAGGCGUCCGAACUGGGCCUCGGGCCCGACGUCGACGACUUCAACACCCCGUUCGAGAGCGCGCUGCCGCCUCCAUUUGAGGCAGGCCAGGACGCCGUCGACACGUACGAGACGGCGAGCGGCACGGAAGAGGCCCUUCUGGAGGACACGCUGUCGGCGAGGCUCGAGGCGAGGAACUGGGUCAAGGGGCGGAGUUCCAUCUAUGUGGACGCCUUCAACCUCGCGCUCGAGACGGUGCUGUCGGACGAGGCUUGCCUCUUUGACGCGAAGGAGACGGCCGUCUUCGACGCCUGGAGGGCGCUCGACUACGGAUCCCAGUACCUGUACGUCCGCCUCUUCCUGCGCAAGACGGCUGCGUGGCACCGCUCCGGCUCCCUGGCCUCGUACUCGGACGUUGUGGACCCCGCAGCCGCGGUGCAGUCGCUCCAGGAGUGCAGAAAGCUUCCUACCGGGGUGCCUCUGGACUGCCCAGAUACUCCAGCUUGUGUAGAGCCAGAACGGGACGCCCUGGGCGACACAUUUGCGUUUGCCGACUCUUCCAGUGACUUUGUGGCCACCGUCGAAGAGGCUCUAUCCCUACUGAAUCUCGACGAGCUCAAGGUGCUGGCAAAGGAGUGCAAGGUGCAGGGUCGGAACAAGGCCGAGCUACAGAAGGCGCUGUGCCGUGCGAGCUCUCGGCAGGUGUCCCUUGCCUCGGUCGGCCUGAGGCGGACCAACACCGGCGGGUCUACCCCUGACGUGGCCGAGUCUCCCGAAAGCCAAGACCGGGAAUCAGGCAACUUGAGCCACCGUGCUAGGCUUCUCGGCAAUAUUCUUGCCGUCACCGGCCCCUGCAUCAGGCUCUCGCCUUUGGUGUUUAAGCUAUUCGAGAGGGUCCAUCUUGUCUUUUAUAGGUCGACCGAGUGGACUGAGAAGUCUCUGACCACGAUAAUCCUCGCCAAGAUGUCGCGGAGAAACUUCCCCGAGUAUAUAGUGUGCAGGUCUGCCAACAUAUUCACUUCGCGGCGCAUGCUGUUGGAAUUCGAACAGGCGGUUAGGACCCAGUUCGAAGUCGACAAGAUGCUCGAGAGUGGGCCGCCCGGUGAGGCAGGCUUCCGCGAAGUGGUCCGCCUUUUCAGCGGUGUUGCGCCCCGGUGGCGCGAGCUCUUGCGGGAGGAACAGGUCAAGGAGGACCAGGUCUACGACGCGGGCGAGGGUUGUUACCUCCGCCGAUUCAACGCGGCCCAUGCCUUUACUCGCAUCGCCCACAAAACCGCGUAUGCGUAUGGGCGUCUCCACGAGUACAAGGAGGAGCACGCCCUGCUUACGGAGCUUCUCGACCAGCGGCUUUUCCACAUGGCCCGGCGCGGGUCGUGGUACCAGCGCAAGGCUCUGCUGGAGGAACGCUACAUGGUCGAGGCCGAGGACCCGAGCCUGGUCGCCGGAGCGAAGCUCGAGCAGGAAAGGAAGCGUUGGCGGCGUAUCGCCGUAGCUACGUGCGAGACUGCGCUGGAGGACCGGGACUGCCACCUGAUAUUCCACUACGACCUCCAGAAGCGGCUCGUGAAGCUCGAAAGGAGGCUUAAAGUCCCACGACGGUUGCAGCAUGAUUUCGGACAUGUGCGCUUGAGGGCACCCGAAGAGCACACUAUCGAGGGCAUUCAGGUCAUCCGAGAUCAGGAGGCCGGACCCGGGAAGCUGGGGCGCGGCCAGAGCACCAAAACGAUAUGGAUAGACGAGCACGAGGACGGGGCGGAAUGCUCGGUCGAGGAGAUGUGCCUGUCGCACUACCGGAAGCAAGGCUGGAAGGGCUACCACGCCGAGGGCGGCAUCCUCCGCACCAUCUUCGCGUACCUCUUCUACGACAUACUCUUUCUCUACAUCCCCAAUGUGUUCCAGACAGCGUACCAGGCCUGCCCCCUGGACCUCCACACGGACGCCUUCUACGCGGCGCGGGCGAGCGAGAUCAACCACCGGCUGGUGGAGAUCGGCAACGGCGGGGCGGCGGCGAUCCUGCGCCGGGUGCACGAGCGCGAGCGCGAGCGGCGCACGUGCGUGGUCGGGCUGAACUGGGACUUUGCGCUCGAGGACCUCGCGGAGCUGGUCGGGAGCUUCGGCGGCGAGGCGCUCGCGGCCGUGUGCAAGGUCAUGGCGCAGGAGUACCGGCAGCGCGGGUCCGGGAUGCCCGACCUGCUGCUGUGGCGGGCGGGUGAGGUCAUGUUCGCCGAGGUCAAGAGCGCAAACGACCGGCUCAGCGACGCGCAGCGGCUGUGGGUCCACGUGCUGACUGCCGCGGGCGUCCGCGUCGUGCUCGCGCUGGCGACGGCGCGCGAGGCCCGGAACUGCGCCGCCGCCGCCGCUGCCGCCGCGCCAGGGCGAGCCUGUGGGAGGGGUGGUGUGGCAACAGUGGUGUGAGGUCAUAUCAGGCGGCCGUUUCUUCUAUAAAUGGAAUGGAACACAUGAGCGAAGCUUUGAACUCUGAAACACGACCAUCCAACCCUGGCCGGUGCCGCUGCAGAGGGGAACGUGGUCUACUACUGGGCGCAUCGCCAGGUGUUGGUACCUGCUUCGCUGGGAAGCACCCGUGUUUCAUCUCGGGCUGCGGGAUCGCGGGAUCCACGCCAGGGGAGGGGGAGGGGGAG